AUGCCGGCUGUGUCUUCACUGUUGCUGGCCGGCUUGGUGGCCGUCAGCCAAGUUUCGGCAGCUCCUUGUGCUCCCCAAGUCAAACCGAUUACGCGUAUUGAUGUAGGACCAAGGCCGUUUUUCCUGGUGAACAACAUGACCAAUGGGCCUCUCAAGUCCCAGUUGGAGUCGUGCUCGGAGAUGACCAUCAAGCCCUCUACCUUCUCACUUGGCCAUCGUGGCGGAGCCUGUAUGCAGAUUCCCGAGCACUCCAGGGAGUCUAACCUAGCCGGAGCUCGCAUGGGAGCCGGCGUGUUGGAGUGCGAUGUCACCUUUACCAAGGAUCUCCAACUGGUUUGCCGCCACAGCCAGUGCGACUUGCACACGACCACCAACAUUGUCGACAUCCCAGCGCUCAAUGCAAAAUGCACACAGCCCUUCACUCCGGCAAAAGAUGGAAAGCCUGCGUCGGCCAAGUGCUGCACCAGUGACAUCACCCUCGCCGAAUUCAAGUCUCUUUGCGCCAAAAUGGACGGCUUCAAUGCUUCGGCUACCAACCCCAAGGACUUCCUGGACGGUACUCUCAAAUGGCGAACUGACCUGUACGCUACCUGCGGCACAAUCAUGGACCACAAAGAACAUAUUGCCAUGGUCAAGUCUCUGGGGCUUCGGCACACUCCCGAGCUGAAGGCACCCGAAGUGCAAAUGCCGUUUGGUAACAACUACACUCAUGAAAGGUUUGCUCAGCAGAUGAUUGACAACUACAAGAAUGCCGGAGUACCUGCUUCGAUGGUUAUGGCCCAGAGCUUCGAGCUCAAGACGCUUCAAUACUGGCUCAAGUCUGAACGCGCCUUUGCCGAGAAUGCCAUUCUUCUCGAUGAAUCUGCGGAAAAGCCAGGCGGGAUGGAGCAGGCAAUUCAGAACUUGGCCCAGUAUAAAGCGGAAGGCGUCAAGUUCGCGGCUCCUCCAUUUCACUAUCUGAUUGAGGCAAAGAACGGCACCAUGACCCCCAGCGCGUAUGCCAAAGAGGCCAAAAAACAGGAUCUAGGACUGGUAGUGUGGAGUUUCGAGCGAUCCGGCCCUGUUGCUCUUGCCCGGGCCAAUGGCGACUACUAUUAUACCGGUCUUCAAGAUGUGGCGACCAAGGACGGAGAUAUGUACAAUCUCCUUCACUUUCUGGUGAAGGAGGUUGGCAUAGUUGGUGCCUUCUCUGACUGGAGCGGCACGGUCACUUAUUUCGCCAACUGCCUUGGCAUCGGUCUUGGAAAUGAGACCAGGAGAAAGUAA